AUGGCAAAGAAACCCAGCAACCCUCAAACGGCCGCGGAGAAGAAGAAAAACAAUAAGAUAAAGCCUGCUCUAAAACCCCUCACCUUGGAUGAUACUUAUGGAAUAGAAUAUCGUCGGUUCCAUAGCGGUCCGGUCGAGGAUCGUUUUUACGUUGGUGCACCCGGAUAUUGUUUUUGGGUUGACAGAGAGUUUGCGGCAGCCUUUCGCUCAGAAGCUGCUGACGUGUUGUUCUCGAAUAAUCAGAGCCUCGACGGACAAUUUUCAAAGACUUUGUGGGACACUUGGUUCAAUCGGAUUGGAUGCAAACAAUGUACAGAAGCCAAGCAGCCCUGUGUCAUGGACUUGGAUUGCGGCCGCGCAGUCCCCUCUUGUCAAAGGUGUAGACAAAUUCAGGAAAACUGCUCGCACAAGAUCAUGGCUGGCUGUCGUAGCUUGUCAUUAUGGUCAUUACAACAAGGUACAGAAAAUGCAAUCAAUGAAACGGAGGCAAAAGAACUGGCGCUCGCUCUAGGGUUAUUGAAGAUAGAGGAUGGGAAAUGGCUAAAGACAAUGGUGACUGACUCAUCCAUGAAACCUGAUUUCAAAACCGGUACUCUUCCUGAAGCCAACUACGAACUGUACGUUUCGCGAGGGAUGCCACCUGAAACUGGGAAAGGCGUUUCUUUCGGGAGAGUAAGGACUACGAGUGUGGGCCCUUUGGAUGUAGGUGGUCAAGGGAAACCCCGUGUUCGUGGAAUUGUUGAACCGCAGAAAGGAUCCAGAGCACCGCCGCGACGAUCUCCACGAAAGCUUCCAGAAGAAAUUGUCUCCUCCUCGGGUAGAUCUCUCGCUGUUAAGGCUGUGGGGUCUGAAAGACCUCCUCGAGAUCGCACCACUCGUUUGGCAUCUCGUUUAGCCAAUCAAGCUCGUGCUAAAUUAGCGACUGAGAACAAGAUUCGAAUGGGGGAUGAUAGCCCUGCCGGUGAACAUGGAGUGGGGGACACUCCUCUAUUUGAGGCGGAAAGAGGUGCUGAAGCGGUCCCUACGGAUCGCACUCUUGAGGUCCGAAGCUCAUAUCCCAGGGCAUUAACAGAUAAAAGUCCUUGCACAAUUGCGAGUAUUACUGCCGGAACCGCCACUCAGCAAGAAUAUGAUGCGACAAGGUUCGCUGUUGUAAACUCUGGAAGUAUCGGAAGACAAUCGCCUGGAUCCCCAGAAGGACCUUUACGCGAUCAUUCGGCGUCUGAAGAGGAGGUUUCUCACCUGCUGGGGCAUUCGGCGUCCGAAGAUGUUUCUCUUCUGCGCCAGCAGCUGUCAGCACUUACGCAGGAACGGGUGUCGUUGUUGCAACAACUUGAGUCAGCGAGGGUUAACGAGGCGGUUAAUGCAGAGAAGUGGACUCAGGACAAAAAAAGCCUGGAGAGCGAGUUGGAUGUUCUCCGCAGCAAAAAAAUCAGAGAUGCAGAGAGGUACAGGCUCACUCUGACACACGGUUUCAAUAGUUGGCUGUCGUCCGGCAGGCAUAUUUUGCCAGCUAUCAACCACCGAGUCGAACAGGUCAAAGGAAUUUUAGUAGAAAUUCAGUCAAAACACGACCAGGUCCCUGUAGACGUUCGUGCUGCUUAUGAGGAACUGCGUAGCGAUCUGGUGCAGCUAGUCCGCGGGAUAACGGGGAUUGGAGACUUUGUUCAGGCGGCAUCAGGACAACACGAGGGUGUCAUUUCUGAUGAUAGACAUCGAGAACUGGGUCAGUUUUUCCGGGCUCGUGUAAAGGGGGGGGAUGAACAGUACACCGCAGUCGGUCGUUUUGCGAUUAAGCGGCCGGAUCUUUGGGAUGACGCUAUGAUCGAACUCUCGCAUUUGGAAAAUUUUGAACAUAAAUUAGCCAAGAAAAGUCGGAGAAAAUACUUGAACCGUAAGGAGGGGAAGAAGGAGCAAAAGAAGGAGCGGGAGGAGGAGGAUAGUGGGACUGGUCCGGGUCCUUCGAAAAAACCUCGUUUGAAUUAG